AUGGCCAAAGCCUAUGAUAGAAUGGAAUGCCCUUUUUUCAGUUCGAACUGGGUAAAUUUGGUUAUGAGAUGUGUGACCACUGUUUCUUAUAACAUCCUUAUCAAUGGGAGCAAUGGUGGUAAGGUGGUUCCCAUGCGUGGCUUGCGUCAAGGGGACUUGCUCUCUCCAUAUCUUUUUAUAAUUUGUGCUGAGCGACUCUCUUUGUUGCUACAGGAGGCUCAGACGACAGCUAAUGCUCAGGAAGUAGAUGUAGUUAAGCAGUGUCUUCAUACAUACGAAAGUCUAUCUGGCCAAGUGGUUAAUUUCCAUAAAUCAAAUAUUUGUUUUAGUAAAAACACUAUUGGAGAUACCUGGGAUUUAGUUGCAGGUAUUCUUGGAGUUGAGAAGGCAUGCAAUUUUGGCAGAUAUCUAGGCUUGCCAUCAUUUAUUGGUAGAAACAAGCGGGCUGUAUUUUCUUAUGUUGAGGAUAAGAUCAAGCAGAGAGUGGGUGUCUGGAAUAAGAAGCUUCUUACGAAGGCGGGGAAGGAAGUUCUGCUUAAAAGUGUGGCAUAA